UUACACGUUUGUUUUUCGUUUGGUUUGUUGAAUAUCUGUAGGUUCAAAAUCUUUAGGAGUGUUUGAAAAGAAUUGUAACGUUCGUGCAACAUACACUACUUAAGAACAGCUCAACUCAUGUCCGAAAUCGAGCAAGUAGCGAAAAAACUAAAAAUGACCGCAGAUGCUGACAAUGCUGCGGAGGAGCAACAACAAACACCUGUGGCAGAGGAGCCGGCCAGGGAGAAAACUUGUCAGCAUUGGGUUAAAAGAAAGAAGAGAUUUUGUAAAAUGACUGUGGCUAAGGGCAAAGACUAUUGUGGAGAACAUGCACCUGCUGUCAAUGUGGGUGAAGGCCAAUCACCAGAGGAUCAGGAUAGAAUACCAUGCCCCUUGGAUGGAAAACAUACGGUGUAUAAGAAGAAUUUACAAAAACAUUUAAAAAUAUGUAAUGCCAAACCCAAAGAGGACCUACCUGACUAUAUAAAAAAGAAUAUCAAUGCUGGACAUGCGGAAGACUAUGACGGGAACACUAACGAAGAACUAAAAGCAAUAAAAUUAGUUGACCUAGAAGAUGCUGAAUUCUAUCAGGUCAUCGAUAAAGUUAAGGAACUGUAUGGAAAAUAUGUAGAAGGUAAUAUACAAACAUUGAAUUGCAAUCACAAAUGUAUGGAUGAAGAAUUGGCCAAUGAGGAGUAUGGCAAAGAGUCCCGUAAACACCUGGUACAAGCAUCAGCAUUGUUGGGUAUUUUAGAGAAUGAGCGGACCAUACAAAAUUUCACUAGUUUUGUCGAAUUUGGCGCUGGCAAGGGACAAUUGGCGUUUUACCUCUCAAAACUAUUGGAAAAUAUGAAAAGCUCUCAAGUAGUUUUGGUCGACCGCAUGUCUUUGCGCCACAAGAAAGACAACAAAAUUGAAGAUCGUUCCCUGGUACAAAGAAUACGAGCUGAUAUUGUAGACUUAUGCCUGGACAAAUUGCCUGCGCUAAAUACAUCACAACAUUGUGUGGCCGUUUCUAAGCAUUUAUGUGGCGGUGCCACCGAUCUGACUUUAAGAUGUAUAACCCAAGCUUCAGAACGCCUAACGGAUGUCAUUAUGAUUGCAGUGUGUUGCCAUCAUCGUUGUGACUGGCCUACCUAUGUGGGGAAAGAAUUUUUCAAGCGACAUGGUGUUACUCCCCGCCAAUUUCUUAUUAUCACAAAAAUGGUCAGUUGGGCUAUUUGUGGUACUGGUAUGAGCAGAGAAAGGCGCAAGGCAUUGGAAGAACAAAAAAGCUCGGAACCCGAUGAUAGCAAGGAUCUGCAACAAAAUCAACGUCUUACUUUGGCCGAGCGUGAAACGAUAGGGUUCAUGUGUAAACGUAUUCUGGAUCAUGGUCGUUUGGAGUAUUUAAGGGAGCAUUCUUACGAAGCAAAUUUGUAUUAUUAUGUGCCAAAAGAUGUAACAUUGGAAAAUGUUGUGCUGCUAGCGAGGAAAAAUAAAAGUUCUAGUGACUAAAUA